ACUACUGAUAGCACAUUAAAUUUUUAGUAUUUUACCUUAAAAGAUGCUCGGGAGAGGGCAGAGGUUAUUAUCUAGGAUUAACCUCUAGACACAAACAUACACAGAUACAGUCGUUUCCCGUCCUCGACGGAAUAUUGUCACCGCCUCCGGCUGACGCGAAUCCUUCUUCCAUGGAUGACCAAACUCCGAAGAAUCCUCCUCCCACCGACGGAGCGGCGGAGGAGAUGGAUGGUGAUCAGUCUUCGGCUACCAUGGUCGACCUAACCAGCUUCCAGCUCCACGAUCUCACCUCCGUCGAGCUGCCGCCGACGCUCACCGAAUUAGACCUCACGGCCAAUCGCUUGUCCAGCUUGGACCCCAGGAUCGCCCACCUCUCUAACCUCACCAAGCUCUCUCUCCGUCAGAACCUCAUCGACGACGCCGCCGUCGAGCCCCUCUCCAAUUGGGACCUCCUCUCCGGACUCGAGGAACUAGUGCUCAGAGACAAUAAGCUCGGCAAGAUCCCUGACGUUGCCAUAUUCAAGAAGCUCUUGGUUUUCGACGUAUCGUUCAAUGAGAUCAAUUCUGCGCAAGGAUUGUCCAAGGUCUCUUCUACGCUUAGGGAGCUCUACGUCUCCAAAAAUGAGGUUCCUAAGAUGGAGGAGAUUGAUCAUCUCUUUCAGUUGCGAAUUCUUGAACUUGGUUCUAACCGACUGAGGGUAAUGGAGAAUAUUGAAAAGCUGACAAACUUGGAGGAGUUAUGGCUUGGAAGGAAUCGUAUCAAACAGGUUAACCUUUGUGGAUUGAAAUGCAUCAAGAAGAUAAGUUUGCAGAGCAAUCGUUUGACUUCCAUGACGGGGUUUGAGGGCUGUGUUGCAUUAGAGGAACUGUACUUGAGCCAUAAUGGUAUUGAGAAAAUGGAAGGCCUAUCAACCUUGGUUAAUCUCCGUGUACUUGAUGUAUCGUCUAACAAGCUCACUUCUGUUGAUGACAUUCAGAAUCUGCCUAAGCUAGAAGAUCUAUGGCUCAAUGACAACAGAAUCGAGUCUCUUGGAAGCAUUUCUGAUGCUGUUGCUGGCUCGAGAGAGAAACUGACCACAAUCUACCUGGCAAACAAUCCAUGUGCAAAGUCUUCUGACUACUGUUCUACAUUGAAGCAGAUUUUUCCAAACAUUCAGCAAAUUGACUCCAACGUGUAUGGUUAAUCUGCAGCUAGUGGAAAAACAGAUUUUCCAUUAAGAGUCCUAAGCUAUGCGCGCGAUGGCUACGGAUGGCGCAGUCUGUUCUUAUUAGCAAGCAACAAAUCACCAUGUUGGUCUGUGGGUUUGCAGGUCACAUGACCUUCCAGUUUUUUGUGGGGAGGAAAACGAUAGUUUAUAUUGUUGAUUAUUACAUGGAGCUAGCUGUCAUGAAUUAACUCCCGGUGUAGAUUAUUCGUCUCUGCUUCUGAUUAUCUUGUUUUGCUUAAACGAUCUGCUCUCUGUGUGACAUUUCUUGGUUGUCCUUCCUUCCCUCUGAAGAGGUCGAAGUUUGAGAUGUAUGAAUUCCUUGGCCACUGAACUUAAUCCUUCCACUGUUAACGGGUUGGGGCAAUGCUUUCUGACGCAUGGUGGAGGAGUUUAUAGGAAGUUCUUAAUCAUUCAAUCAUAUUUGCUGGAACUUCGGCGAAACUUUCUUCACGUCCUUCUUUCUGUGGCUCCUUCAAGGUGGUUUCUGGUGGAGAUAACAGUAUCUUCUGAACUUUUGCGUUCUAUGAAUCUAGGAUUUCUCUUUGUUUACCUAGGUUGUUGUUCAGCUGUUCAGGACGGUGAUUGAUGGUCGAAGGUUUUGUUGAACUCUGGUCGUUAAACUCCUGUCUGAGGAAAAAAUGUCGGUACUGUGA